AGGCUUGUGAGACACCUGUGAGGAAAAUACCAAGGGAGAGUAUAAAACCUCAGCAGCCAGGGCACACAAACCCACACACCUCACACCAACACUCACACUGCCCAGCCCAGCACCCACCAUGGCUGACACCUGCUGCACCAGGACGUAUGUGAUUUCUGCAUCCACCACGUCUGUCUGCUCCAAUGACCUGAGCUGUGUCAGCCGAGUCUCCUCCCCCAGCACCUGCACCGGCUCCUCAUGGCAGGUGGACAACUGCCAGGAAAGCUGCUGCGAGCCCCCCUGCUGCACCUCCAGCUGCUGUACCCCCAGCCGCUGUGCCCCAGCCCCCCGCCUGGCCCUGGUCUGUGCCCCAGUGAGCUGUGAGCUCAGCCCCUGCCAGUCAGGCUGCACCAGCUCCUGCACACCCUCAUGCUGCCAGCAGUCUAGCUGCCAGCAGGCUUGCUGCAUCUCCUCCCCCUGUCAGCAGGCCUGCUGCAUGCCCAUCUGCUGCAAGCCUGGCUGCUACGUGCCUGUCUGCUCUGGGACUUCCACUUCAUGCUGCCAGCAGUCUAGCUGCCAGCCAGCUUGCUGCACCUCCUCCCCCUGUCAGCAGGCCUGCUGUGUGCCCGUCUGCUGCAAGCCUGUCUGCUGCAAGCUCAUCUGCUGCAAGUCUGUUGGCUGUGUGCCUGUCUGCUCUGACUCUUCCUCUUCAUGCUGCCAGCAGUCUAGCUGCCAGCUGGCUUGCUGCACUUCCUCCCCAUGCCAGCAGUCCUGCUGUGUGCCCAUCUGCUGCAAGCCCGUCUACUGUGUGCCUGUCUGCUCUGGGGCUUCCUCUUCAUGCUGCCAGCAGUCUAGCUGCCAGCCAGCUUGCUGCACCACCUCCUGCUGCAGACCCUCCUCCUCCGUGUCCCUGCUCUGCCGCCCCGUGUGCAGGCCUGCCUGCUGCGUGCCUGCCCCCUCCUGCUGUGCCCCCACCCCCUGCCAGUUCAGCUGCUGCCGUCCGGCCUCCUGCGUGUCCCUCCUCUGCCACCCCGUGUGCUCCCGCCCAGCCUGUUGAGGCCUCUGCUCAGGCCAGGAGUCCAGCUGCUGCCAGGCACUUCCCCCAGGGCCAGCCAUGCUCAGGUCCUGAUCUGGCUUAGGUGGCUGCCCCCACCUGGGGACAGGGUCCCCAUGUCUCCACUGUGCUGAGGUGACCACCCUCCUUGCUCCCAGGAGCCCCCAUCCUUGCUGCUCCCCAGCUGCUGCCUCCCAGCAUGUGCCCACCUGCCUGCUGGGCCCCGUCCUCCCUCCCAGCUUCUCUGCCCCAGGUCAUUUGGCCUCAACUUGAGCCUGUCAGCACCUCCUCCUGCUCCCAAUAAACUCUCCUUGGUCACCUGAUUCUCUUCUCCUGUGUGCUCCUGGUGGGGGGGACACAUGGUUUGAGCUGACAUCGGUCUCCUCCAGCCAUGACUGUUUCUAGGAAUGAGUGACUUAACCUAGAAGUCACAGGGGACAAUGGCCUAACUCCUCCAGGGGGUCACCAGGUGGAACUCACGGCCAUGCCCAGGAAGGCUUAGUCCCCGCUCAGUCCCAAUGCCCAAGACUUCCUGAGCCUGGUCAUUUGCUGCCAUGCCCUGGCUGUGGAGCUCUCCAGGCCCCAGGACUGUU